GAGAGCAAGUCCCAGGGGACAGGAGGCUGAAAGCCAGAGUGCAUCUGAGGCCCCAUGGACGGGAGGAUGAUGAGAAGCAUGAGGCUGAAAGAAGAGGAGGCACCGGGACAAGGUUACAGAGCAUCCUGCCUCUGCGGCUCUGCCCCCUGCAUCCUGUGCAGCUGCUGCCCCUGCAGCCACAACUCCACAUUGAGCCGCCUCAUCUUCACGGCCUUCCUCUUCCUGGGGGUGCUGGUGUCCAUCAUUAUGCUGAGUCCUGGCGUGGAGAGUCAGCUCUACAAGCUGCCCUGGGUGUGUGAGGAGGGGACCGGGUCCACCGUUAUCCUGCAGGGCCACAUCGACUGCGGCUCCCUGCUCGGCCACCGCGCCGUCUACCGCAUGUGCUUCGCUAUGGCAGCCUUCUUCUUCCUUUUCACCCUGCUCAUGAUCUGCGUGCGCAGCAGCCGAGACCCCAGGGCCGCCAUCCAGAACGGGUUUUGGUUCUUUAAGUUCCUGAUUUUCGUGGGCAUCACCGUGGGUGCCUUCUACAUCCCUGAUGGCUCCUUCUCAAACAUCUGGUUCUACUUUGGCGUCGCGGGCUCCUUUGUCUUCUUCCUCAUCCAGCUGGUGCUGCUCAUCGACUUUGCGCACUCCUGGAACCAGCGGUGGCUGGGCAAGGCUGAGGAGUGUGACUCCCGAGCCUGGUACGCAGGCCUCUUCUUCUUCACCCUCCUCUUCUAUGCGUUGUCCAUUACGGCCGUGGCGCUGCUGUUUGUCUACUACACCCAGCCCGACGCCUGCUAUGAGAGCAAGGUCUUCAUUGGCCUCAACCUCACUCUCUGUGUCUGUGUCUCCAUAGUCGCCGUUCUGCCCAAGAUCCAGGAUGCCCAGCCCAACUCCGGUCUGCUGCAGGCCUCAGUCAUCACACUCUACACCAUGUUUGUCACCUGGCUGGCCUUAUCCAAUGUCCCUGACCAGAAAUGCAACCCCCACCUGCUGACCCACUUUGGCAACUGGACAGCCCUGGCAGGCCACGAGGGCUAUGAGACCCAGUGGUGGGACGCACCGAGCAUCGUGGGCCUCGUUGUCUUCAUCCUGUGCACCCUCUUCAUCAGCCUGCGCUCCUCCGACCACCGGCAGGUGAACAGCCUGAUGCAGACAGAGGAGUGCCCGCCGGUGCUGGAGGCCACGCAGCAGCAGCAGGUGACAGUCAGCGAGGGCCGGGCCUUCGACAACGAGCAGGACGGAGUCACCUACAGCUACUCCUUCUUCCACUUCUGCCUGGUGCUGGCCUCUCUGCAUGUCAUGAUGACACUCACCAAUUGGUACAGACCCGGUGAGACCCGGAAGAUGAUCAGCACGUGGACCGCCGUGUGGGUGAAGAUCUGUGCCAGCUGGGCCGGGCUGCUCCUCUACCUGUGGACCCUGGUAGCCCCCCUCCUCCUGCCCAACCGCGACUUCAGCUGAGGCCCCCUGCAGCCAGCCCACCUGGUGCCUCGGGGUUCAGUGACAGCCAGGCUGAGCCCUCACCCUGCCCCACCUCCGGGACAUGCCCCUGAGCUGGGACCCUCUUAGUGCCUUCGGGGAGGAGGAGCAUCAGGCCUGUCCCUCCUGCUCCCCCGCUCCCCCAGCUGCCUCAUUUCCCCUUGCCCCCACUUGCCCUCUUGGGAAAAAAGGGCCCCUUGUUUUAAGGCUCCCCAGGAGAGGGUCCUGAAGGAGAGAAAUGCUGAGAGCUGCUCAGAGAAGGGGAGCGCUCGCCUCCAUGGGGUGCCCAGCACUUAGGCCCAGGUAUUCCUGACCACGUCCCCCAGGGCGCCCCGUCCCCCUACUGGACUCUGUGCCUUACUGAGUCUCUAAGACUCUGCCAAUAAAGAAGCCAGUGCGCGUGCCUCCCA